CACGGCGUCACGUUAUGCGUUAAAAAAAACGUCACUUACACGUAGCUGCACAAUGUUGACCUGCAUCGUUCUUGGACGUUAAUUUCCGGUCUGGCAACCCUGCACGGAAACGCGUUUUGUUUCUACGUCGCCAUGGCAACGCCACCUGGCAGCUUUAUCAAUGGCGUCAGAUUUACAAACUAAUUUGAACCUGUGAUGGACAACGUGGACCGAGGAUUCGAUAAAACUUCUUCCUCCAUGGCAACAAGAUACCACAGAGCGGCGAUAACAAAUCAAGAGAAGAAGGGGUUUUCUUCUCAGGCGAAGAGAUUCGCUUCACAGCUAUGUCCGAAUGAAAACCCAGGACCGGCCAGCUAUGGCUGUGUUUCCACUGCUGAAGUUAAAAGUCCGUCCUUCUCCAAGAAAGGCACCACAGGCUUUGUGGCGUCCAAGGGCACCAGGGGUUACAAUAACCCACAGAGAACGAUCCCGGGACCAAACGUGUACAACACACAGAGCUCCUUCAUAAACAAGUAUGAUUUUAACUCUGGAGUCUCCAGGGUGUUCAGACUGCCUGUGGCUGUGCAGCUGGAUGGUCCCAAGCAUAACACCCCAGCUCCAAAUCAAUAUGACGUCAGCUGUAGGAGCAGAGACAGAUUCUCCUCGGUGGUCGGCACAUCAGCUUUCCUCUCAAAAACCGGACGUGACUCUUUCUGUCCAAAUAAAAACCUGCCAUCGCCAUGCCACUAUGAGGUGAACAACCACAGGAUCCAGCACAGCUCCACAGUAGUCUUGUCGCCCUUCAAAUCUAAAACUCAGAGAAUCCCUGCUCUCGUGAACAACCAUGUUCCGGGCCCCGGGGCCUACAGUCCCCAUAAGGCCCCCACACCAGCAAAGAAGACCCUCCUACCGAGGGGUUGUUAUUUGGCAAUAUCAGAGCCGGCUCUGAUUGUUCCUAAGGAUCCGCCCCUGCCGGGCCCCGGGCAGUAUGAUAUACAGAACUGUGACGCCAAGUCCAAGCAUCCAAUGCUCUCUGCUGCUUUUGCAUCCAGAACUGAAAGAUUACCCAGAUACCUUUGCACCGAAAUGAAGCCAGGUCCAGGUUUCUAUGAUCCACAGAUUCUGUCAAAGCACUCCUUCUUUUACAAUGAUUCCAGAGUCUGGAUCCCUGUAUGAAGCUUUCAAGGGAACAUCAGAUCUUCACGCUCACAUUUCCAUGCAGCAGUGAGUGUCGCUGCAGUCGACCGGCAGCUGCUGGUCCAGUCACUGGUGCGCCACGGUAACAGCUGAGAGCUUGAGAUGACAACACUGUGCCAACUGCUGGAGGGCAGGCAGAGGAGUGGAGUGUGACUGUCUAUGUGAGCAAUGUGACUGACCGGGCAUGAGGCAGAGCUGCUGCUCAACCCCAAAGACAAAUGGACACAACAGCCACUCCCUUGUUCCCAUGUUAAAUUGUCGGGUCAGUGGCUGAUGCAGUUUUCUGUCUUCACGUUUGUGCAGUGGUUCAUUAUUCCUGUUUGCUGUCAUAUUAUUGAUUAAUAUAAUAAAGUAAAUAAGCUGCUGUCUGCAUAUCAACUGAAAAGGUCAUGAUAUGUCACCGUUAGUUGUUGCAGGUUAAAAGAGUUUUGGAGAUGACUCCUGAAACAACAUGUCAUGCAGUGUUUUUUUUGUAUUUUAAUCUCAUUGAUAACAUUCAUAACUACAUUUCUGUAAAAAUGAAAAAGUAAAAUGGGCCAGAGAGGACCGCUA